UGUAUAUGCAGGAAUGGAUUCGCUACUACCCGACUAUCAAUUCGAGGAGGGAUUUUCUUCCUUGAUUGAUUAUCUAUUUUUAACGUACGUGGUGGCAACCCGAGCAGCAUGCAUUCUUUUUAGCAGUCAUUCCACAAACAUGCUAAUCAAAAGCAUACAAAUUUCCUCGUAUCAGCCCGCAGUUUCAAUGGUUUUGAAUACCGAGGGUCGAUACGACCCAAGGCUAACCAGGAACAUCGACUUGGGCUGUCAUGCUUUCAUCAUGGAUCAAUCGAAUGCGCUCUUCUUCUUGGACUCAUACUACGUUUCUCACGACUAUGCUGAAGUAAGGCAUCCCAACAAAACGGUGAUCAUAGUGCAGGAUCCCAGUGGAGAACUAAACACCGAAUUCAUGGACAGUUUGAGAAAACAUCCAGCAAUUCAGGAAAUCCCUCGCCUCCUCCUAGUGGAUCCUCGAGACGAUGAAAUUGAUCUGUGGACUCAUUGGUACAAGGGAAAUCCUGAAGAGGCCGAACAAUUAAUUCUCCUGGAUACGUAUUUAACGCAGAACGGAACUUUCCUUUGGGGAAACGACAUCUUUCCGGAUAAGACACUGAACAUGGAGCGACGAAUGUUCCGGUUGGCUAGUUUUAAACUCAUUCCUCAUUUUAUGUUCAAACCGAUCUACGAUGAACCCUGGAUAGCCAAGUACCAGAACCAGACGGUGAAAAUUGAUGGAAUGGGAGGACUUAUUAUGGUUGAGUUUUGUAACAAGUACAACUGCACGUGGGAUUUACACAUUGACCAGCCUGGUGAAUGGGGAACGGUGUACAAAAACUGGACCGGGAAUGGAAUUGUUGGAACAAUUACGGAACGCCGAGCGGAUGUUGGUGUGGGUUCGUUACUGACCUGGCACACAAGUCAUCAAUUUAUGGGUUUCACCGCAACUAUUCGCAAGGUCAGCGUAUGUGGAAUCGCUCCACGUCCUCGUUUGAUUCCUCCAUGGCAAACCGUUAUCCUGGCAUUCAAACCUGAGGUCUGGCUCUGCAUUGCUAUCAGUAUAGUGUGCUGCAUCGGUGCCUACGCUCUAAUGGCAGGAUUUGAAAACCAGGUCCAGACGAAGGGCCUCGGUUGGAACACAAUGAAUGUGAUUGCUGUGUUCUUAUUCCAAGGCGCCGAUAUCCUCUAUCGAACCAUGCCGGAAUGUAUCCUGUCGAUUGCCUUGAUCGCCUUUACAAUCAAUCUGGGUAACAUCUUCGUUGGGAAGAACGCUAGCCUUAAAACUUUUCCCCUGUUUGAACCUCCCAUUGAUACUUACGAGGACAUUGCAAGCAGAGACGUUAUUUGGACCCAGACCCACGAGGCGUGGAUUCAAUCCCUACUCUUUAGUCAGAAUCCCGUCGUUCAGAAAGUGGUUUCCAACUUCCGUGUCCACACCGGACCGGAACUGCUUUCUUUGGCUAAUCAGGGCCAAGUCGUCUUUGGCGUAGGCAAGCUCAAUUACGGCCACUACAUGAUAGGAUCGUUCAUCACGGCCCAAAACGUACAUCUCUAUCGGCUCAUGACAGGAGACCUUUACUUCGAGUACGAAAUAUCGAUGACCACCAAAACGUGGCCCUUGAAGGACCGGCUCUCGGAUUUGAUUCUUUGGAUUGUAGCGUCAGGGAUGCGGGCCUAUCAGGAACCGGUGGUGGCCAAGCGGUACAUGGACUAUGAGGUGCAGAUUAAAAUUUUCCAUUCUCAGGACAAGGAAAAGGUUCCUCCGCGGGCAAUGGUGAUUGAGGAUUUACUGCUGGCCUAUAUGGUUUUGGGUGCUGGACUUUCUUUGGGGAUGGUGGCAUUCGUAGUUGAAUGCUUAUUGCAUCGAUACAUGAAAACAAGGUGGACCUUGAGUUUGAAGUAAUUAAAUCUUACAGAGGAAUCGAAACUAUAAGUAGACUUUCAAAUUGAGCUCAAUUGGAUUCUAAGAAGAAUAUGACUUUAAAGAUUUAGUUUUGUAAGAAAGCGGCACGCUGAAAAAUUGUCAGCUCAGACAUGAAAAAAUAGUAAAAUUCUAGCUAUUUAGUGGAAUACCAAUAAAUAAAUGAAAACCGAAUAAA